CCUCAGAGUGGGUCUGUGGGUUCUUCCACCGUAGUCGUUGCCUCCUCCUCCAACCCCCCGCCCCACUCUCGCUCCAAGUCUGGGCCCAUCCCCUCACCAUCCGCGCUCCCUUUCGCCUCUUCUGCCACACCUCCUGCUCCCGCACCUGCUGCUCCUGGAACAGCAACAGCAGCAGCUGUGGCAGCAGCAGCGGCAGCAGCGAAAGCACCUCUUGCUACCCCUCCCGUUGUCAGAGGUCCAGGCAACGCCCCAGGCGUCCCAGGCGCCCCUGGUCCUGCCGCCGCCCCCGGAUCCACUCCCUCCCCUGCAAUAGUCAGCGGUUCUGCAGUGCCUGCUCCCACUCACGCUGCCCUAAUAGGUGGCCCUUCAGGUGCCGCACCUGCACCUGCUGCUCCUGCUGCUCCUGCUGCUCCUGCGCUGGCUGCUGCUGCUGCUGUAGCAGCAGGCGGGCUGAGGGGGAGGGCGGCGCAUGUUGGCCCCUUUGCCAUGCAGAUGUCCGGCCCUCUGCCCCGCCCCUCUGCUGUGGAACAGGCUGCAGCAGGAGCGGCUGCCUCUAACGCCAGUGCCAUUGCUGCUUCUGCUGCUGCUGCUGGCACCAACCCUGCAGGUACUGCUGGUGGUUUGGCAGGUGCAUCUGGGGGAGGGUGGUUCAGCAUUGGUUCUGGCAGCAGAGAAGGGCCGGCAGGUGGACUGGCGUCAGGUGCAGCAGGGGUAGCAACAGGAGCAGGCCCAGCAGCAGCGGCAUGGCAUCAUGCCCAGGGGAAGAGGGUGAGCCAUUCGGGUCCCAUUCUUCGAGGCAGUGCUGGCACGGGGGGGUCAGCCAUAGGACCACGAGGAGCAACAGGAGCAGGGGGAGGAGUAGGAGUAGGAGGAGGAGUAGGAGGAGGAGGAGGAGCAACAGGAACAGGAGCAGGAGCCUCUAUUCCCUUGUACGAUCCCUCUGCUUCCUACCCGCCGUCGUCUGGAACCAGCUUCGCAUCCAGCUUCACAUCCCACCUCCAGGAGGCAUACGUGCAAACAGGCCCGCCCUCUCAAGCGCCUAUGCUCAUAAAUCCCUACCAAACCGGCCCAAGCCAAGGCUCAGCCGCAGGAGCACCGAUUCCUGCUACUGCCGCUGCCGCUGCAGGUGCACCAGUUGCAGGGUACGCCUACGCUGGCACUGUAGCAGGGCCCGCAGUGCCAGGGGGACCAGGGUAUGGUGUGGAGCCUAACUGGCAAACUGGUGUUACAGGAGGUUUUACUAGGGUAACUGUGGCAACCGGACCAGCAGUUUCAACCGGGGGGCUGGGUAUUGGCCAAGGCUAUCCCUCCCACCCAGCUUACGGUUUCAACACCACCAGUAGCGGCGGAUUAGGGUUUGGCACCAGCAGCAGCGGAUUAGGGUUUGGCUCCACUAGCAGCGGAGUCGGGUUUGGCGGGUCGCCCGUUUUUCAAGGCAACUUACCCAGCAAGGCCCUCAGCGGCCCCAUAGCCCGUGGCUCUCUCUACGGGGGCGGGGGGCUGAUAUCUGCUACCAGUGGCCCCGGUCUUACCGGUGCUGGUGGCAGCGGUAGCAGCAGCGGCAGUGGGGGUGGCGGCAGCGGUGGCUUCAGCAGCAGCAGCACAGGGCACAUGCGGGGCGAGAGGCUGAUCAAGUCGGGCCCCAUCGGGCCCAGCAACAGCUACUAUGCGUCCAUGGCUGCUCCCGCCCUCUCCCCUCCCAAGGUCACUGAGCUGUAUGCCCUUCCGCCCCCUCCUCUGGAGCUGAACUCGUCUCCUAGUAGAGCGGGCCAAGGGGGGGGUGGUGCUGGUGGCGUGGUUAGUGGGGGGAAUGAGGGGAAGGUGCAGCGGUCCCCUGGGGCCAAGGAGGGUUCAGGGGCAUCAGCGGUUGUGGGGAGUAGUGGUGGAAGUAGUAGUGGUGGUGGCGGGGUGGAUGGAGCGUCAUCAGAUGUGAAAGCAGAGAGGCAGGAUCGGGAUCUUAUUUCAUCAUCUUCAUCAUCAUCAUCAUCAUCAUCCCAGCUACAGCAGAAGCAGCAAUUACACCAGCAGGGGGCUAAGGCCCAGCAGUCCCAGCAGAGCCAGCAGCAUCAGCAACAACCACCUUUGCAACCAUCCCUGCAGCAACAACCCCAGCAGCAGCAGCAGCAACAACAGCCGACACGGCCGCAGCUCCCCCCUUUACAGCCGCAGCCGCGGGUGCUGCCAGCAUGGCCGGUGCAGGCGAGGGGGGCGGGCAGGGGGGCAGCAAUCCUGCGCAGGCCCAUGUUUCCCACCAUCAUGUCGGAGGGCAGCGAGGAGGGCGAGUCCGGCACCAGCAGCUUCACUGGCUCUCCAUCCCUCUGCUCCAUCGACAGCCCUCGAGCUGCUGCACUGCCUGACGACCUCGCCCUUCCCCGCUCACACACACACGCCGCCGCGUCCUCUUCCUCCGCUCCCACUUCCACUCUUCAGCCCAGGCAACAUCAUACGGUUCCGAUCGAGCGAUCUCAACCGUCAGAUACGCCGAGCAGUGGAAAUCCGCCGCAGUCUCCGAAUUCAAGGCGGCUUGCGAUUCAGCUGAGGCAGGCGCUGUCGGUGCCACGUCAGCACCACUUUUUGUCGCCUGGUGAUGGCAUGUGCAGCCCACAUUCGUCCAUGACGUCAUCCUCAUCUUCACCUGUGCAUUCACCAUUGUUGCCAGCAGCUGCACAGUGAGAUGUAUGUAACCUGUGCUAUUAAUUUGUUGCGAUUGUUUUUCAUGUCAUCUAUACACGUGAGUGUAAAUGUUUCCUUGGUU